AUGCCCGCGAGCGGUCUUCGUCGCGUCCAGUCCGCCCUGAGCGACGAUCGCGCGUUAAAACUUCGCGACGACGAGUCGGUGCUCCUUCGAUGCGACGUCUCGCUCGUCAUCGAGCGCGUGAAGGAUGAGGAAGUGGAGAAUGCAGAAGAUGCAACGGCGCGCGAAUGCGAGCUCUUCGUCACCACCUCUCGCGUCGUGUUCGCGUCGAUGGACGACACGUACGAGUGCGAUUACCACUCUUUGGCGUUACACGCCAUCUCGCGAUCGGACGAGCGGUUCGGUGCGCGCGGGUGCGUGUACUGUCAAGUCGACGACGACGAGAGCGGCUCGAGCGCGGAGACGGAGACGACGCACGCGUACGUCUCGCCCACGGCGGCGACGACGGUGGAGACGAUCUACGCCGCAAUGAGCGAGGGAUCGAUGAUGAAUCCGGACUCGAGCGACGGGGAAUCAGACGACGACGCGCGUUACGACGAGGACGACGAGGCGACGCUCAGGAGGCUGGACGACUUGGUCGUCGUCGAGGACGAGGUGGAGGCGCUCAUGAGGAACGAUCCGGGACGGUUCGAGGACGGUGAGUGA